UAUGUGAAAAGCCCAUCUCAUUAGCCGUCCCCAUCCUUUCCUACUUCGUAGACAACUUCGCAGAAGCCGGAGACGAAGCCUACUGCCGAAACCGAAUCGGAAAGAGAGUGCCGACUGCUGAGGACGCCGCCGGUAGAGAGACGCCGCCGCUGCACCCUCCAGUUAAAUAGUCGAGUAAAAGCAAUCCCGUAAAGGAAGACAACCAAUUGGACGCCAUGCCAAAGUCAACAGAGAAGCAAACAGCUAGAAAUGAUAGCUUACCCUUACAUAAACUCCAAGAGAAGGAUCCAGAGUUCUAUGAAUUCUUGAAAGAGCAUGACAAGGAGCUUCUUGAGUUUGAUGAUGAGCAAACUGAUGGUGAGGAGAUGGAAGCUGAUGGAGAGGCAAUGGAUGAUGACAACGACGAAGAUGACGAUGAUGCUAGUAUUGAUGAACAGGGGGGGAGGUCAUUGGAAGGUGCAAUAACUAGUGAAAUGGUAGAUUCUUGGUGUAACUCAAUUCGAGAAAAAAGAAACAUAGGAGCAAUUCGCUCUAUGGUGAGAGCAUUUCGUUCUGCUUGCCACUAUGGCGAUGAAAGUGCUUCUAACCCUACAUCAAAGUGGAGUACUAUGUCAAGUGGUGUUUUCAAUAAAAUCAUGCUAUUUGUUUUGAAUGAAAUGGAUGGAAUUCUCCGUGGUUUGCUGAAUUUUCCGGCUACUGGGGUUACAAAACAGAUGUUGACAGAUGCGAUGACCACUAGGAAGUGGAAAAGCUUCCAAAAUUUGGCGAAGUCAUACCUGGGAAAUGCUCUACAUGUUCUCAACCAGAUGACAGACACUGAAAUGAUUUCAUUCACCUUGAGGAGGUUGAGAUAUUCAGCAAUCCUUUUGGCUGCGUUUCCAGUUCUUUUAAGGAAGUACAUUAAGGCUCUUCUUCAUUUUUGGGGUACUGGAGGAGGUGCUUUGCCUGUGUUCUCUUUUCUAUUUUUGAGGGAAUUGUGUAUCCAUCUCCACUCUGAUAUCAUUGACGAUUGCAUCAAGGGAAUGUACAAGACAUAUGUGUUGAACAGUACAUUUGUUAAUGCAUCAAAGUUGCACCACAUUCAGUUUCUUGGCAAUUGUUUCAUUGAACUUUUAAGGGUAGACCUUUCCACUGCAUACCAGCAUGCCUUUCUUUUCAUCCGACAGUUAGCAAUGAUCUUGCGCAAGGCUCUUGACUCAAAAACCAAGGAAUCUUUCAGGAAGGUUUAUGAAUGGAAGUACAUAAACUGCCUUGAGCUUUGGACCGGAGCUAUAUGUACAUAUUGUUCUGAAUCAGAUUUCAGACCCCUUGCGUAUCCAUUGGCACAAAUUAUAUCUGGAGCUGCUCGUUUGCUUCCAUCUGCUCGGUAUUUUCCCGUCCGAUUGAGAUGUGUCAAGAUGCUCAAUCGCAUUGCUGCAUCUACUGAUUCUUUUAUUCCGGUUUCUCUGAUCCUUUUGGACAUGCUAGAAAUGAAGGAAUUGCAUAAGCCUGUAACUGGAGGUGUUGGGAAAGCUGUAGAUCUGCGUUGUGUACUUAAGGUAACAAAACCCACCGUAAAAACACGAACAUUUCAAGAGGCAUGUGUUUAUUCUGUGGUUGAAGAACUUGCUGAGCAUCUUGCUAUGUGGAGUUAUUCUAUUGCUUUCCCUGAGCUUUCAUUUGUACCUGCUGUUCGGCUACGCAAGUUCAAUAAGUCCACUAAGGUUGAUAGAUUUCUUCGAGAAAUUAGGAAAUUCAUUCGCCAGAUUGAGGCGAAUUCUGAGUUUACAAAUAAAAAGCGUAUGACUGUUACAUUUCUACCCAAUGUUUCGGAUGCAGCAUCUUUUCUUGAGGCUGAAAAAAAGGCAGGUGCUAGCCCGUUGUCUAAAUAUGUUGUCACUCUUCGUGAGAGGGCAGCACAAAGAAAUGACUCUUUAGUUGAAUCAAGUGUACUUGUUGGUGAGCGUACGUCGGUUUUCGGAAAAAAGGUGGAAGAUGUCGACCAUGAAGAUGAUAAGGAGGAGACGGGAGAUGCUAUCUUCAACUCUUCAUGGUUACCCGGAGGCACUCCUAAUAUAAAUCUCGAGAAAGAAGAGAAGAAGUCUAAGAAGAGAAAGGGGUCACAAAAGAAGGAUGCUGCUGCUGCUGCCGCUGCUGCUUCGGAUGAAGACAUUGUGGAGGAUUUGGUGCUUAGUUCUGAUGAAGAAAGUGAUCCCCCUACAGAAGACGAGAGCCCAAAGGAGAAAUCAACUAAUAAGAAGAAAGGUAAGUUCAAGCCAAAGAAAUCAAAGAAGAGGAAGCUUUCUAGUUGAUCAAGCAAUGGUAUUUGUCUUGUUUCACUUUUUUGUUGUGCCUUGGGAUUUUGUAAGAUGAGAGUUUAGGUUUCGUUUUGGAACAAUGUUUUCAAAUAUCGUUAUCCUUUUAAAUUAUUUUUUCAUUGUGUAGAUUAAUUUUGAAAAUGCUACUAUUAAAGAAAAUUUUCAAAACACUGAAGUAAAAUGGUGAAGUUGUU